AAGUCUCUGCUUGCUCUGUUUGUCUCUGGUUCCAAAACUACAUUAUCUGUCAUUAUUUCAAUCAGACUCGAGAAAUUUUCAUCCUUCUUUUUUUACUUUACAAAGUCUAUUUAUAUCAGCUGUUGUCAUGGCCGAUUCUCAGACAAACGACAAUUCCACUUGCGUAGUGUGUUUCAAGAAUGUGUUGUAUUUUUCGAUUGGAGAGUGCGACCAUCCCGUGUGUUUCGAAUGUUCCACCCGAAUGCGUGUGCUUUGUCUUCAGAACGAGUGUCCCAUAUGUCGCCAGGAUCUUUCGAGGGUUGUGUUUACGGAUGCCAUAGAGCCUUAUAAAAAGCUUCGUAACAUAGGGUUUACUGACAGAUUCUUCGAAAGACACUUUAAAAUAGGGUUUUGUAGUCAAGAAAUAAAGAAUGCUUAUGAGGAGCUGUUGGAAAAUCGAUGCAAAGUCUGUGAUAAAAUACCACCGUUUCGUACAUUCAGUAUGCUCAGCGAUCACAUGAGAAAGGUCCAUGAGAGAUAUUUCUGUGAAUUAUGUGUUAAACAUUUAAGGAUAUUUACCAGUGAGCGGAAGUGCUAUACACGUCAAGAGCUGGCCCAUCACAGACGAAAAGGCGAUUUAGAUGACACUUCGCACAGAGGUCACCCACUGUGUGAAUUUUGUGAAGAAAGAUUCAUGGAUGCGGACGAACUCUACCGGCACUUGCGGAAAAUGCACCUCUACUGUCACCUGUGUGAUGCGGACGGGAAGAACCUCUAUUACGCGUCACACUCUGCGCUUGCGCAUCACUUCCGCACCGACCACUAUUUGUGUGAGGAGGGCGGGUGCGCGGGCGAACAUCUAACAGCUGUGUUCAGGAGCGAAAUAGAUCUUAAAGCGCACCGCGCGACGGUACACGGGCGAGGUUUAGCGCGCGGUGCAGCGCGGCAAGCGCGCACGCUCGAGCUGCAGUUCAACAUCGCACCGCACCCUGCCGCAGCGCACCGCCCCACCAGGGAGAGCAGGGACAGCCGGGAACCGGAGGCGGCGGCUUCUCCGGCGACGCCGCCGCACAUCGACACCCGCAGCGACGAACAUUUCCCGCGCCUCGCCGCCGCGCCCGCGCAGCCUAGCCUCGUGCUUGCACCACCCAUGAGACACUACAGAGCUGCAGAUGGAUUAACGCGUAACGACAAGAAUUUCCCAGCACUAGAUGGCGGCGGCGGCGGUACCGCUAUGCCGACUACAUCUGCCACUAGGCCUUCAGCCUCACAAUCAGUCGCCGCUACCGUGCUCAGGAAUUCCAAGCCUAGUGUGUCAAUACAGCUACAUAGCCAACCGGCUAGCGCAAGUAAUUUUCGAUUAACGCAGACUAGUGGAAACCGUAUCUCGAUACCGCCGCAACAACGGAAACCGCCAGUAUCCCUUAGUGAUGAUGACUUUCCUUCACUAGGGGUUGGAAAAGAUGACCAUCCUAACAUAGGAGCUGGCACGGUACAACCGUCGAAGGUAACAUUAAUAAAUAGUCAAGAAAUGAAUAUGCUCAAAAAUAGUCAAUCAAGUUCACAACCUAAGAAACCACAGUUGAAUUCUGAGGCUUUUCCUGCUUUGUCGUCUACAUCGGCGCCGUCUGCGCCGCCUCAGUGGAUAACCGUUUCCAAGUCCAAAGAGAAACCUAAGCCUACAAAGCCCGAGCCGCCUCCUCAACCGCGAGAGCCAAAGUUUAACCCUGUCGCCGAUUUCCCAACAUUACCUGUUAAUAACUCAAAAUCGAAAUCCAAAAAACAGCCACAAUCGCAACCACAACCAGCCCCCACCCCGGCACCCGUUAAUAAUGAUUUCACAAAGAUGACUAAAAAAGAGAAAAAGAAACAAAACAAUAAUACUAAAAAAGAGCCACCUCUCGAAAUACCUCAUAUAAAUGGCGUCGAUAAGAAAGUCGCCAGAGAAAUGGCUUACGUUGGGAUCAGUGUAAAUAAUAACGAGCAGAAUAGUAAUAUUGAUAAAAAGGUGAAAACUAUAGAGUCGACAUCGAGUGUUACUCUAGACUCGGAUAAGAACAAGAAUGGAGGUAACAGCGACUUCGCUCUCGCGCCCAAGGAUUACCCUCCGCUGAAUCCCAGGGCCGAGAACAGUGUGGGGAGCAAAAAAGUCGCGAAUGGAAGUGUGCCGCCCGGGUUCAAGGCGCGGCCGGCUUGCGACGGGAUGACGUUCACCAACUCGGCCGGCCAGACGUUCCCUGCGCCCGUGCACGCCUACAUUCCGCCGCCGGAUUUCGAGCAGCGCAACCGGGCACUCGUAAAAAAAUUCGCGGUCGCUUUGGGUGGCACUGCCGCUGUUGAAGAUUUCAAGGUGGCGUCGCGCGCGUUCCGCGAUGGAAUUAUCAACGCGGACGAGUUUUAUCAGCAUUGUCGUUCAGCGCUAGGGUCGCAGCUCGAAGCUGUAUUCCCAGAGCUAGUAGCGUUGCUGCCCGAUAUCGCCAAACAACAGGAGUUAGUCGUGGGGCGUGGCGCGGGCGGUGCGGGGGGAGGACUACACACGUGCGCUGCGUGCGGGCAACUGGUGGCGGCAACAGACUACGGUGCACAUGAGGCUGCACACUGGCCACCACUCGCACCACGCUAGCUUGCCAACAACCGCCAUGUGAUAACACCUUUUUUGUCUAAAAAAAAAAUACUGAUAACCCCUAGCCUAGACCGCUUUAGUAAUUCAGUCGAGUGAUUACUAAUUAAGCAGUGUCUGAACAAUAUUUUAGUUGUUUCUUUUACCCAAUUUGUUUGUUACUAGACUGAAUUACUAAAACAAGAGCUAAGCUUAACAAAUAGUUGAAAAUAUAAGACUAAAUAGCCAUUUACACUUUGUUAAAUUAUUAGUCCAGGUGCAAAGUAGUUAAUUAUUAUUAGAUUUUUAUGUUGUUAAGUAUUAAAAAACACAUUGGUUAGUGUGUGUUCAUACAUUAUAAUGAGUGUAAAGAGCAUGCAGGUGUGAGGGGUUCACCUGCUAAUACCAUUAACUUAUGAAUAUUGAAAACAGAUUAUACUUCUAUUCAGUUUAUCUUGCACCCAUACUUAUCAUUUAACAUCGUGUAAACAAACCAGAAACGUCCUGUCUUAGUUUUAGAUAGUAGAUUUCCUUUUUUGUUUUGAUUAUAACACAUUGACAGAAUUAUAGUACGUGCCGUAUUUCAUGUUUACAGAAUUAUAUUAAGUAAAUUAUUGACUCAUUUGGUUUUGGACUAAGUAGUGAUUAGACAAAAUGUAUAAAUUUAUAUUCAGAUUCUUAUCUCAUAUUUCAAAACUUUAUAUUAUAAGCGUAUAUCGCGCUUAUCAAUAUAUAAAAUAAAUGAGCACUGACAAAUUGUAUGUACCUUAAUAUAUUUUGUUUCUGUAAUUGUGUAUGAUAAUCAUACUAGCCACAGUUAUUAAAUAAAACAUUUUAUAUUGAUCUUUGUAUCCUAUUCUACUGUAUAGUGGAUAUAAUUAAGUAAUCCUUUAGUAACAAGUUUAAAACUCCAAUAAUACGUAAUUUGUUCUAUUACUGAAUGAUACUUGAAUUAGUACACAAUAUUUUAUAUGCAAAAUAUUGCAGAUGAUUAAUGCAAUAUUUAUUGUUACGCUCGAUACUCUCCAGUAUCGCAGUUAAUAAGCUUAAAGUGAUUUACUAAAAGUAAUGUUACACAGUGUAAAAAUAUAUUGUUUUGAAACUUAAAUUAAUUAUAUUUUUGUACUCUUCAAACACCAAUAAUUUAGUCUAUGUAAAAUAUUUUGUGUUAAAUACA